UCAGGCACGAUACUCCCAGCUGCCAUUAUUCACUGCCGCCCGGUACCGACAUGUACCUACUGGGUCUCUGCCUGCUGGGCUCUCUCAGCUGGACCCGCACAGCUGCCAGCCUAGUCCUCUGCUCGGUGGAUAAGAGAACAGCGCCAGUAGGGGGCAGUGUAACCAUGCAGUGCAAACUCCAUAGCGCUGAACCCGACGUCCUGCAGGUGACCUGGAGCAAACAGUCGGGGGACUUUGCCGGUACCAUCGCCACCUCCAGCCGGAGCUACGGGCAGAGGUUCCUGGGCGCCUAUUCCCACCGGGAGGUCCGACUCGCAGGAGCAACGCAAGAUCUUUCUGCCAUCACCAUCGGGUCGGUGACCCCGGGGGAUCGGGGCUGUUUCCAGUGCAUAUUCAAUGUGUACCCCCAGGGGGCCAGUAUGGGCAGCGUCUGCUUGGAUGUGACGGAAGCCAGGAUCUCAGACCCCCAUCUGGAUGUGAACAGAUCCGAGGAACAUCAUGUUAUCAGCUGCUCAGCGACGGGGACACCUGCCCCCACAAUCUCCUGGAACCUGACGGGGACCCCAGAGCAGAACCCCCAGGACUACAGCAUCACUCACCCCGACCAGACAGUCACCGUCAUCAGCAACUUCACCCACAGCCCCUCGGGGAGGAGGGAACGGAUCAACAUCACUUGUGUUGUACAUCACCCCGCUCUCGCCAGCGACAUUGUCCUCUCCAAGGCCAUCGAGGAUCCACGUGACGACCCUAUUGAAAGGGAAGAUCCGCCCGUUAUGGCAGUGGUUGCAGGUAUAAUUGUUCUGACUGCCAUAAUUAUCUGCCUCUUCUUGGUUAUUGUCUGGCGAAGGAAAAGGCACCAAAAGUACCAGGGCUGUUGGACUGACACUGAAACCUCCCAAGAAACAGAGAAAAUGAAUGAAAUUAUCAAAUAACAUAUCAAAACCUAUCAGGAAGUUACAUCUAUGAUGACUAUAAGCUAUAGCAGGGCUGGGGCCCUAAGGCUGGAUUUCACCCGCUCAGAAACUUCAUUGACUUCUACUUAUGGGAUCAUCCAAUCAGUUCCACCCGGAGUGAGAUCUGAAGGUCCCACUGAAGCCCAGACAGACACUCAGCCCACAGCCGCGCAUCACCCAAGAGAUAAAAGCAGCCUAUUGGGUCUCGGGCAGGAGAGAAGAGGUAAUUGUUGUUGUGCAAAGGAUUCUGCUCCUUUUCCUCAUUAUAUGAACUGGGACAUAGGGAACAUGACGACGGUGACACUGGGGGUUACCCCCAAGUAGCAGAUUUACCUUUGGUAACAAAACCAAUGCAAUCCUGCCUGCAGAUCUGCUUCUCUGUGUUCUGCAGGGUGCCAGGGGCGGGGCUUUCUCUUUUGCACUGAAAACUUCACAGAUAGAGGCCAUUUUAUUUCAGGGAGCCAGUACCCUAUUGUAGGAAGAACUGUGGCAGCUAAAGCCGUACUCGCUAUAAUGGGCAUUGCUUCUGCCUGCAGGCGGGUAGAAGUGUUUGGAAAGCUGUGAAAUGUGUUAGAGCUUUAGGAAUGUGAGAAUAAUAAUAAUAUAACUGUGUUCUGCCUUUUAUAUAAAGUCUAUUGUGUUCCUGCAACAUUAAAGGAACAGUAACAUUAAUGUUUAUACAACAUAAUCCUGGGGCAACAGGGUGGCCUAGUGGGUAGCACUUGUCUUCUGCUAGGAGUUUGUUUCUUCUCCCCAUGUACCCUGAAUUCCCCCCCCCCCAUGUACCCUGA